AAAUUUAUUAAUACUGGACAAAAACCAAGACAACCAAUAAUUUCAAUUAUAUCAUCAGUUUGUAAUGUAUAUGUAUUAUCUUAUUAUCUUUUUUAGAUAAACUACUUCCGUACGUUUUGCUAUUUAUUGUGAAAAAAGUAGGUUAUACUUUUGGAACCAUUUUUUUAAUAAUUAGUUCUAGAAAUCUCAUUGUCAAAAAAUGUAAAUUUGUAUAAUUCAAACAUCAUUAUACGUGUCUGCCAGGUUGGCUUGUUUAGAUCCAGUGUAUUAACCAUUAAUUCGAUAGCUAAAUUUUUCCUAUAGAUUUAGACUGUUAUUAGUAAAAAAUAUUAGAUUGACAAAUUCAUUUGAAACAAUAAUGACAUUUAGCGGAGCUUAGGAAAAAUAUUGAAUCAUAAAUUCCGUAAUAUAGCAUAUUGUGAAGUAAUUUCUUUGAAUUUUAAAUUAUCCAUUACAAUUACAUCUAUGGAAUAUCAUAUUGAUACUUGUCAGAGGGAUAAUUUAACGACAAAUAAUUUUAUUACAUAUUUUCAAAAUGCUAUUUUAAACAAUCCUUUCUACAUAGUAUUGGGAUUAUAAUUACGUAAUUGUAUCAACUCGGUAAGUAACUGUUACUUAAUUUACAAAUAUCAUUAAUAUCAACAAGUCUAAAUCAUUCGAAUGUGGCACUACUUAUUUCAAUAGAUUGCAAAGAUAAAUAAUACUACAUGUGAUGCUCAACAAAAAAUAAUACAUACACAUAAACCAUACACAUUUCACUGAUCUUUGUAUCUGAACAAAUUAUGUGUUGAACAAACUCUGUAUGAUGCACACAUGUAACUCCAAACAAUUUAUUUUAAUGUAAAACUGGAAUUGGAAAUUUGAUAUAUUCUUAAUUCCAAGAAGUAGCAAACACUUUCACUUAAAAACUUUGUUGCCAGUGCUCAAAGAGUAAGACAAUUAAUACUUCACUCUAGGUACAUUGUUGUUUUAGUACGUUUAUUAUUUAAGAGGUUAAGAGAAUUAUACAUCGAUAAUGCUACUAGGCGUUUUCCGUUAAUGUUUUCCCUUGUGAAAGCGUUCAGAAAUAUACAGGCUAAUUUAUUCUUUAACACAGUACAUGGAUAUUAACAAUACGAGAAGUUAUCUUCUAAUAUAUAAAUAUGUCUCUGAAACUAUUCAAUUCAACUAUUGUUAAGUUAUAUGGUUGUUUGAGGGACUUGGUUUGAAACCUCCCUUAUAUAUCGUACAUAAUUUUAUUAUAUACACCGGCUCCAUAUUUCCUAUAACCGCUAAUCCGCUACUUAAGUUUUGAGAGAUGGCAACUGUGAAAAUGUCAAAUCUGCCACAAUGAAGUUUGUCAUUUUUAAUGGUAAACGUACUCAAAACGUGUUGUCGUACGAGUGCUAUUUGAGUUUUUUACAGAUACUUGAAAUAUUCAUCCCUCUUAAAAAAUGGAAUCAAAUCGCGAACAUUUUCGUUCGAUGAUUUUCGACGUGGAUUACAUCUACAGCAAUGUGUCGAUCAACUUGUUUCGACUUUUGGUGAUGAAGCACCACCAUCUCGAGCUACAGUAUUUUACUGGUGUUCCGAAUUCAAUCGUGGUCGCACUUCGCUAUAGGAGGAAUUUCGUGAGGUUCGUCAUAAAUCGGCUGUUGUGCCAGAAAACAUCGAUGCGGUGGGUGAAUUUAUAUUACAAGAUUGAGGUUGAGCCUUUGGGCAUUAGUUCCACUCGCAUACAUUCAAUAUUGCAUGAACAUUUGGCUGUCAAGAAGAUUGGUUCGCGUUGGAUACCGUAUAAUUUGACACCAGCUCAAAAAAGCUCAUAUCUAUUGGUGCAAAGAAAUGGUGAAAAAAUUUAGUAGUGGUACUUCAAAAGACUUCUAGAUCGUGAUAGGUGACGAAUCAUGGAUCUAUGCAUAUGAACCUGAAACUAAACAGCAAUCGACUGUCUUCCAAGACCAGUCAAAUCCAACAAAAAUUGUUCACGCACGAAGCACGUCUAUCUCAAAACUUAAGCAUCAACCCUUGUAUUAUCUUUUUCUCUUAUUACUAACCGUCGUCUAGUAUUAAUAGUAAAUAGUUUCUAGUAUUAAUAACUUUGAAUCUAUACUGUUUUAUCGUUCCUCUAAAGUCAUCUUUUUUGAUACUGCAUUAUACGCUAUAAUUUAAUAUAUAACUGGCAUUCUUUUCCCCCAAUUCAGAUUUUUUUUUAGGCUGUGCCAUAUUUUUUCCAUUUCCAUUUCCAAGUGAAAAUGGGAUCCAUUAUAAAUUAUAAUAAUAAUUAUAAAUAAAACCACAUCGUACUUAAAUUUUCUAUUACUCUGAUUUGUGAGAUAAUUUCUCUAGACUUUCCUUAUAAUCUGAUAUUACAUUUUUUGCUAUUGUAUCUAGCAGUUUCGUUUAUUUUGCGAUUGUAUUAUUUUGAUGAUACCCAGCAAUUACGUUAUUAUUUCAUAGUUCCGCUGUUCUGUCUUGAGCUGUUAACUACUAUUUUUAAAUAUUUCAUUGUGAAAGGAAAUAUUCGAGGUUUUCCUACCUUCCAUUCAGCUUUUGUUCUUGUUAUUGAUUAGCUUGUUCUGUAGUUAGUAAUGUAUCGAAGUAUUAUCUUCAUAUUUGCACAAGAUUGUUCAACUCCUCUUUCCAUGUUUACUUUCUCGGAAUUUCUUCCUAGUUUCUCUCUCGCUUACAUUUCUGUUUCCAUACUUCUAUACCACCGAAAUGUAUCAAAAUUUUUAUCCUAUUCUUUUCUAUUCUUUCUAAUAAAUUUGUGGCUCUUCUUGUUGAAGUAUCCCGAUUUUUAGCAGAACUUCAUAAUUCUGCUACUAUUGUGCAGUUAUUAAGGAUUUACCUACUCACACAGAUUUUGCACAAGUUUAAUAUCAACAAAACAUUUUUAUGCUGAAAUACUUAAAAGUAUAAAAACUGCAAUCCUCUGUAACCCUUUAAAUACCCUGCUCAUAAGAAUUAAUACUAAACAACCAUAGAAGGGGAAUAAAUAAAUUUUACAAUUAAAAAAACCAUGGACAAAUGAAACAACCCGUCAGCUGGUCGCAUUUACCCAUUGGUCAACCAAUCGCAAAGACCUUGGCAGAAUAUUGAGAAAAUUUAUAUAAAAAAUCGUACGUGUUUGGCUUCGUUUUUAUUUGUAUUAGCAAAUUAAAUUGAGUUAAAUAAUUUGGACCCUUCAAAAAAGCGACGAAAAUACCCUGCUCUCGGAAAACGUAUACGUCUGGAAAAAUGGAACCUUUUGAUUAAGAAGUGAAUAGCUUCAUUAUAAUUUGUACUAUCUAAAUAUGUAAAAUUUUCUAUUUGCAUCCCUUUGAAAAACCUCAAUUCAUAAUCCUCAUUAAAAUUAAGGAUUUUCUUCCGCACAUGCGUAGAAGGUAAAAUCAUUGGAGCAAUUGAAUUUUUAAAGUGGUGUAAAUAGAAAAUUAAUAUAUUUAGAUGGUGCAAGUUGAAAUAGAGCUAUAUACUCCAUUUUUGCUAAAACUAUAUGUUUUCUGAGAGCACGACUUAUUUUUUCCAUUUUUGGAGAGAGCAAAUUAUUUAAUAGUAUUUUUCUGGUAGUAAAAAUAGAAGCUAACCAUGAGCGAAUUUUCUAUAAAAUCAAUCAUUCUGCCAGGGUUUUUCGGUGUCUACCAGUGUAGAAACUAUCAUAUGAACACGAAGCGAUUAUAUUUUUCGAAAACUCCUAAUGAGAUCCUUUAAAUCAGUCUUGACUUGAUCACACUUAUGGAUUUUCCGAUGAUAUUCUGAUUAGUGAAAGUUGCAGAUUCUUCAGAACAAAAAUAUAACGCUACAGAUCAAAGUGAAAGAUUAUAUGGGUAACGUUAGGUGUUUAUAAAUAUAGCCUUCAUUGCCGUUCAUCUAUACAAAAAAUCCAUACCUACUAGCCAGUUUGAAUUGAGUAAAUGCAGCUGAUUUGGGCCUAAAUAAAAUUCAAAUUAGUACUGCCAUUCCAUUACUACAAAUGAAGAUAUUUGCAGAAUUUGGUUGUAAAGAAUAAAUAACCCCAAGUUAAUGCUUGCAGAUACAGUAUUAUCAUCACAUAGAAUAUGUGAUAUUGAUUUUGAACCAAUUUAUAGAAACCCCAAUGGCAGGUUAAAAAAGUUUCACUACUAACUCUAUAUUUACCUGGGUAAAGAUCAAUGAUAUACAGACUAUGAUGUGAUGAAUAUGGUAUAUGUUAAAUAUAAGGAAAGCUGCAAAAAAGACAACGGUACACUAUUUGCCAUCUCCGAUGGGAUGACAUAUGGAUGGACUUCUCCUAUGAUUCCUUACUUGAUUAGCCCAGAUAGUCAUAUAAAAACAACGAAACACGAAGCGGAAUGGUUAGAAACGGCUUUGCUAUGCGGAUCGUUAGGAGGUUUACCAUUAACAAUAUAUUUAGUGGAUAAAUUUGGUCGCAAAAAAUCGUUAUUAUUCGCUUCAAUUACUAUUCUAAUAGGCUGGCUACUUAUAGCGCUCGGAGACAAAAUGAUUUAUCUUUUUAUUGGAAGGUUUCUAUGUGGGAUGGCAGGUGAUAUGGCGUUCGUAGCAUGUCCUAUGUACAUGGCAGAAAUUUCUGAUCAAAAAAUACGAGGUUUUUUAUCCGGAAUGGUUUAUAUUAUGGUUCAUAUUGGAACACUUUUGGUUUAUUGUCUAGGUCCGUACACGCCGUAUUACAUGACACCAUUAUUAGGAUCUUUCUUUGUCAUAACAGAGGUCUUAGUUUUCUACUUUAUGCCAGAAUCACCGUAUUAUUUAUUAUACAAAAAUAAAGAGAAAAAAGCUAGAAAAGCUUUGGAAUUUUUCAAACCUUACAGUAAUGUUGACGAAGAAGUUAUAGAAAUUACUAAAAUGCUGGAAAGGGAAAGCUCUCAAAAAGGACGAUUUCAAGACUUGAUAUUUGUAAAAAGUAAUAGAAAAGCAAUAACAAUAAUGGCCGUAUUGAACAGUGGCCAACAUUUAUGUGGAUACACAGUUAUUUUAAUGAAUUUACAUUUAAUUUUAGAAUCAGCAGGUUCCAAAUAUAUGGAUUCCUCUCAUGCAGCUAUAAUAUUCGCGAGUAUAAUGUUGGUAGCAACUGGAUUCUCAUCCUUACAAGUAGAUAAAUAUGGAAGAAGAGUAUUACUUAUGAUAUCUUCCAUAUUAUCAGGAUUAUGUGUAUUAACAUUAGCUGUAUAUUUCCACCUCAAGUAUCUUAAUUUCAAUCUGGGCUCAGUUAGUUGGAUACCAAUAGUAUCAGUUAUGGUUUAUGCCUGUGUAUUUAAAUUAGGGGUAGGAAUAGUACCUAUCAUAGUUACAGCUGAAAUAUUUCCCACUAAUAUGAAGGCGAUUGGAAUGACGAUGGCAGACGCUAUGUUCAUUUUAGGAGGUAUUUUAGCUAUUCAAAUUUAUCAGAUUUUUUCUCGAACGUUCCAUAUAUUUUUACCGUUUUAUUUUUUUGGGGCAUUUGGCUUCUUUGUAGCCAUUUUCACAUUCUUUUUCAUACCCGAAACUAAAGGAAGAUCUUUAGAUGAAAUUCAAAGUAUUCUGAAAGGAGAACCGUUGCAAGCGAUCAAAGGUACCAAACAACAGGAAGCGGUGCUCUAAUAUUAUCAAUUUUUCAAAUGUACUGAUACUCUGAGUGAUAUUUCAAUUUUCUAUAGUCGACGUAAUUAUAAGUGUUCAAAAGUGAUUGUUGUAUUGAGUUUUUUUCCUUGCGAUAUAUAUUUUAAAAUUGCAAUGAUGGCGAAGAUAGAUGAAUUUAGCUAUAUUAUUAAUCCUCAGGCACUGCCACAUCAAUCUUAUUCAUCACAAUUUUCAAUGGUUCUAUGAAGCUUCGAUCAAAAUUCAUGUUGAAUACUUUAUGAAUUCGAUGUCCCAUUUUCUACAUCCUAAUUGUUUAUUCAAACAUAAAAUUUUACUACUUUUUCCCCAAAUCUUAAAUUCUUAUUAUAUACUUUUCAUAUGAAUUUCUAACUAAAUUUUGGAUAAAACAAUGCUGUCAUUAGAAAUAAUGUACCUGAAAUAACUUAUGUUGAUUAUGAGAUACUUGUGUGAUUAUAUUGUAUUUAAUAUUUUUAUAUCUCUGACUUAUAGAAUGUAACAACUAGAAACGAAAGAUGAACUACAAAUCUAUGAAAUAAAAACAUCAAUU